GAAACCACACGUAAAGAAACAAAACAAAGAUGCACACAAACCGCCGAACUACAUCUCCCGGCAGGCUGUUCGGAUCCACACGUGAGGCGGAGAGCUUCGUUUAGCAGCAGCAUGUCGGUGUUUAUGGAUUUAAACCUAAACUACACUAAAGAGACAAGCAGAAUGCGGAGUCUGAUCGAGACAGCGGCUCACCUGGGUUUCUCCACGGUCGCGAUCAACCACGUAUUCGAACCCACGGCCAAAAAGAAACAGGAGAUUCCGAGCCCGACGCGGAUCAACGAGCUCAUGGACGCGCUGCCCGUUGUGCAGGGUCGCUCUCGUCCAAUCAGAGUGCUCAACAGGUUGACCGUUGUGAUGUCCGACUCCAGUCACUUUAGGCCUAAUGCAGCAGAGUAUCGGGGGUUUGAUCUCCUCGCCGUCCAGCCGACCACAGAGAAACUUUUCCAUGCAGCCUGUAUGCUGUAUGAAGUCGACAUCAUCUGUGUCUCCGUCACAGAGAAGCUUCCGUUCUUCUUCAAGAGAGCGCCGGUCAACGGGGCUGUGGGCAGAGGGGUGGUGUUCGAGGUGUCGUACUCCGCGGCCAUCAGAGACUCCACUAGGAGGCGCUACACCAUCGCCAACGCCGUGUCCCUGGUGGAGAGCUGCAGAGGGAAGAAUGUGAUCCUGUCCAGUGCAGCUGAGAAGCCGCUGGAGAUCAGAGGACCGUAUGACAUCACCAACCUAGGUCUGUUGUUCGGGUUGUCAGACGCUGACGCUAAAGACGCCGUCUCCUCAACCUGUCGAUCAGUUGUACUUCAUGCAGAAACCAGGAAGUUGGCCAGUGGGAUCAUCUACACAAUGAAGACCAGCAACGAGUCCUCCAGCCAGCAGGAGGCUCCACCUGCUGACACAGGUGAAGCUCCGGCAGCCAAGAGAGCAAAGCCCCACCUGACGCAGUGAUUGACAGCUGAGGGAGGGAGGGGCUUCUCAGAGACUGUGUCACAAACCAUUGAUUGAUCAAUAAAAAACUGCAUUAUUUCA